CCAUUCAAUUCCGUGGCGGAAAUAAACUUCCAUAAUUUUAAUUGCAAAAUAGAUAAUAUUACUUACACUGAAUGCAGAAUUCAAACCCACAUCAUUAAUUGCUUUCCUUUCUCAUCAUAAACUGCAAAAAUAGCGGGUUAAUCUGACUCUGGGCAGUGUGUGAGUGAAAACACACCCGUCACAGCUGGAUGAGAGAGACCGCCCUCGUUGCUACGGACUCGCGCUUGUUCCUCUCAACAUGGACCUGCCUGAACCCGUUCGGCGACGGCUUGGAGAUCUCUCCAGAACUGUGUUUGUGGACAAAAGCCGAACACAACCCUCUGCGGAGGAGCACGCUGACUUUCUGAACCAGAAUGAUGAUGUUGUAUUAUGAAGUCUCCCGCUUCAGAUGUCACUUUACUUUAACAUGUGGUUCUUUCCUUUCUGGUGGAUCAGUGAGGUUGUGAUGCUACAGCUAAAGUACCCAGCCCUUGCAGAUUAUUACAAGUUCAUCCUGAUCACAGUUCUUAUUUUAAUGACCCUGAUUGAGGCCAUCAGGCUCUACCUGGGCAAUGUGGGAAAUCUGCAAGAGAAGGUUCCAGAAUUGGCUGGAUUUUGGCUUUUGACUUUUCUGCUGCAGUUUCCCCUGAUUCUGUUCCAGCUCUUCAAUGAGGCUAUUCUCAUUCAACCUCUGGAGAGAGGAGUUCAUAUAAUACUGGCCUUAUUUAUUUUUGCAGAGGCUCUCUUUGGAUUUGUUGCCUUGCGUGCAAUGGUCCGACACACUGAAAGUCGCUUCCACUUGCGACAAUUUGAUGGGAUUCAGGAAUUAAGGAUGUGACGAGACCUGAACUGAUGGACUAUAAAAAAAUACACUACAAAGAUUUAUUUAAAAAAAAAUACAAAGACUUGUCCAUUGUCCACUUGUCCACUGAUAAACAUUCAUUAUAAGUUGUGAACACUAGAGGACACAUCAGUCGUUGAGUUGAAUUGUUACUGUGGAUGUCUUGGUGCCUUAUUUUAUACAAACAAAUCUUGCCUUGUAUUAUAUUAUAUGUAAAUAUGUAAAAUAAACAUACAAAAAAAUAAAUAAAUAAAAACAUUUACAGACUUAGAUAAAACA